AAUCAAAGCAUACACAUCAAUGUUGUAGUCAACACAAAUAAAAUAGUAUUUUUCCCCUUUGCGAGUAGGAGUCCAAUGAAUGAGUUAAACAAAAGGUUAAAGCUGUCACAAUGAAACUGAUUGACAUAUGGAGGGGGCAAACUGUAAUGAUGCCCUAGGAGAAGAGGAAGGGGGGAGGUGCAAUGAUACAGUAUGUUGACAUGUAUCAAUUUUUAAUUUUUUUUUUGUCAUACACUCUUUUUCUUUCUAUUUUGAACAAGAAAAAAAUAAAACAUGAACAACAAAGAGAGUGAUUUGUCAUUAAAAGUAACAGAACAGCUCAUGAAUAGCAGGUAUUCAACGAGUUCAGCGACCCCUCUCAUUUCACACAUGCCUUCUUCUUCUGCCAUGAGUCCAUCAGCAGAUAGGCAACAACAACAACGACAAGAUAGACAUCACCUUGAUCGUCCAUUUCCAGGAGAUGCAUCUAUACUAAAGCCAAAAAUGGUUCCAGAUCAAGACUUGGUUUGGUCCAACAUUAAAGAAUUAAAGAGAUCACCUAAAGAAGAACAUUCUGAAACCGAGAAACCAGCGUGGUGGAUAUUAAAAAAGGACGACGAAGACGGAUUUUACUCUGUUGGAGGCUUACUGUUCCUCUUUGGGUUUUUAUUCCCUCCUUUCUGGUGGCUGGGGUCAUUCUGGCCGAGACAAGUGAGAGAAAAAGGCGGAAAAAUGGCAGAAAGAUGGCAACGAUUGAAUAGAAUCAUGUCAAUUGGAUUUAGUACAAUUUUAAUCAUUCUUAUCGUCGUAUUUGCUGCACUAUACUCAACACAUCAAUGGUAAAUUAUCGUUAUUAU